CCGGGUCAACAGCUUAAGGCAGGGCACUACUAGUAUUCGAGCCUGCAACGGCAACCACCUAGAGUUAUCUGCAACCGCUUGUAUUCAGUCUCAUACCCACCCUUCCAACAACAAAGCAUGGCAACUCCCUACAUCCCUGGCCGCCUCGAUGGCAAGGUGGCGCUGGUCACAGGCUCCGGGCGCGGCAUCGGCGCGGCUGUAGCAGUGCAUCUGGGCCGGCUGGGCGCCAAAGUCGUUGUCAACUACGCCAAUUCAGACGCUCACGCUGCCAAGGUCGUCACCGAGAUCAAGCGACUGGGCUCGGACGCGGUGGCCAUUAAGGCCGACGUACGGCAGGUCUCGCAGACGGCGAAACUGUUUGACUCGGCCGUGGCACACUUUGGCCGGCUCGACAUCGCCGUCAGCAACUCGGGCGUGGUCAGCUUCGGCCACCUCAAGGACGUGACCGAGGAGGAGUUCGACCGCGUCUUCAGCCUCAACACGCGCGGCCAGUUCUUCGUCGCCCGCGAGGCCUACCGCUGCCUGAGCGAGGGUGGGCGCAUCAUCCUGACGUCGUCCAACACGUCGCGCGACUUCAGCGUGCCGAAACACUCGGUCUACUCGGGCUCCAAGGGCGCAAUCGACUCGUUCGUGCGCAUCCUCAGCAAGGACUGCGGUGACAAGAAGAUCACGGUCAAUGCUGUCGCUCCAGGUGGCACUGUCACAGACAUGUUCCACGCCGUCUCGCACCACUACAUCCCCGGCGGCGAGAAGUACACACCUGAACAGCGCCAGCAGAUGGCGGCCCACGCCUCGCCCCUCCACCGCAACGGAUUUCCUGAGGAUGUGGCGAACGUUGUUGGCUUCCUCGCUAGCAAGGAGGGCGAAUGGAUCAAUGGGAAGGUUAUUACUCUAGAUGGCGGGGCGGCAUGAUCGUGUAACCUGUUACUUGGGCUGCUAAUGUUCAGGGGGGGAAGGGUUGGCGGUGAGGUACAACCAGCAUGUAAUUCAAAGUGGGAGAAAGAUAGGGUUUGAUCCGCGCAAGGGGGGUGUCUCAUUCAAGUGGAACCCUAAGUGUGCAUACCUUCGUAG